AUGAACUUGUCGCAGAAAGACUAUGACGCUCUUUGGUGCUCGCCAAGGCUGAACCAACUCUGGAAAACAUUGCAACAAUGUGCAACAUCCUAUCAAACACUCGAGAGAUUGCGUUCAGAGGUCACUGGACACUUUGAACAACUGAUCAAGGUGCUUAUGGCACAGGAGCACAAGGUCAAGACUCCAAUCAAUUCAAAGAUGGAGCAUAUCAAGGCAACAAUGAGUCACAUUGUAGCAGAGUUAAGAGAUAUCAACUGUAUCAUCAACAUGUCACAUCCAAUCAAUCAUAGUAAUAAUGAGGAGCAAGAUGAUGAGACAUCACAACUUAUAAUCGACACUUUCACUAAAUGUAAAUCAAUGACAGAGCUCCUCAACAACUCAUUAUGUCAGAGUAAUGAUGAGAAAGAUGACCACAAAUCACCACUCAAUGAUGAUGAGCUACUGUCAAUGAUCGACAACCACAUUCAACUCACUACUCAGUGGCCAUACGGCGACCAUUACUCAACAUUAUUGCGGGAACCUUGUCAAGUUAUGAUUGACACUAAGAAUUUGAAGGAUGUCAAGGAUAUCAUUGAAUCCAGUUUCACCUUGAUCCAACCAGAGUUAAAUGCCUUUGACCGUCAUAUAUUCUCCAUCUAUGAAAAUCACUAUUCAUUGUACUCGUUGGAGACUAAAGAAUGGACUCAUUACAAGGACCAAUUCAAUCAGUCAUUCAACUCAAACAAUUCAUUGGUCUUUGCUCGUGGCAAUGUCUAUGUCUUUGGAGGUGCGGAACCAAACUGCUGCACUAAUAUCUCACUAUCAGAGAGAAAGUUAAAGAGAGUUAAGAUUGGCAUACUGGAGGGCCAAAAUCAUGUCUCUGCAGUCUACGAUGGUAGCAAUAACAUCUACCUUUUAGGUGAUGGAGCAAGCAAAGUGGUGUGCGUCAACUUGGACACGAGGAAGUUCUCCACUUUUGACCCGAUUGGUGUCGACAGUACACAACUAUUUUCAUCCUACGAAACACAUUACCAUUGA